GCCGCCGCCAGCAGCUUCAUUGCUGACCCAGUUCAGACUGACCCAGAGAGAGAUUCAGCGCAGAGUUCUCAACAUGAGCGACAGUGCAGCCGCCGAAACAGCUCCUCCAGCCUCCGCUCCCACCAAAGAAAAGGCUCCCAAGAAGAAGGCGGCGGCUCCCAGGAAAAAACCACCCGGUCCCGGGUUGGGAGAGCUGAUUCUGAAUGUUGUCGGGGAUAUCAAGGAUCGCAAAGGGACGUCUCUGUCCGCAGUAAAGAAGGCGCUGGAGAAAAGCGGGAUCGAUGUGGGAAAACGAAAGGCACAGAUCAAGAUGAGUAUCAGGAGGUGCCUGGCGAACGGUUCCCUCGUUCUGGUCAAGGGCCAGGGCGUCUCCGGCUCCUUCAAACUCCCAAAGAAUCCAGUCAAGGCAAAAGCGGGAAAGAAGGCGGGAACAUCAGCGGCCGCCAAGAAACCGGCCGUGAAGAAAUCACCCGCCAAGAAGGUGACACCAAAGAAAUCCAAGGCCAAGAAAAUGACAGUCAAGAAAUCCCAGGCCAAGAAAGCGACAGCCAAGAAAGCGAGCGGUAAGAAGACGGCACCGCCAAAGAAAGCGGUGAGCAAAGCAGCGCCAAAGAAACGGACUCUCGUGAAGAAGGUGAAAAAGGCCAAGGGUCCUAAAGCCCCCAAACCCCUCAGCAAACCGGCUAAAGGCAAGGCCAAGCUCAAAGCGAAAGUGACGAAGAUAACAGCAAAGAAAUGAACCAGUCGGUAUAACAUAUACCCAUCUGAACCCCAAGGCUCUUAUCUGAGCCACCCACAUGUCUCAAGGAAGAGCUGAGCCCGGUUCCAAUGUUACCCGUCCCGGCACCGAACACAAACAUUGAUCUGAAUGACUCAAAUACACACAUGCUUUGUUUUACGAGAGCGGAGGCUUGUAAAUGGGGAAGGUAUCAUAUAGGGAGGGUUUAUUGACCUCUACCUGGUUAUUUCACUUCGCGACUUGUAGCUCUACCAAGUCACGAAUGUGACAUGUUGUAGAAUUUGUAUUUCAUUGACCCGUUCAGGGAUGUUACUUUGUUCAGUUUUGAUUCUGAGACCCUGCGGACGGUUACAGACAGUUCAGGCAGCAAUUUCACAUUUUCUUUGGGCUAAUUACAAUCUGGGGUUAAUACAAGAGAAUCCAGGGGCGGCACGGUGGCUCAGUGGUUAGCACUGCUGCCUCAGCGCCAGGGACGUCUGUGUGGAGUUUGCACAUUCUCCCCGUGUCUGCGUGGGUUUCCUCUUGAUGCUCCGGUUUCCGCCCACAGUCCAAACGUAUGCAGGUCAGGUGAAUUGGCUAUGCUAAAUUGCCCAGUGUUAGGUGGAUGAGUCAGGAGUAAAUGUAGGGGAAUGGUCUGGGUGGGGUUGCUCUUCGGAGGGUCGGUGUGGACUUGUUGGACCGAAGGCCUGUCUCUACACUGUGGAUAAUUUAAUCAUAAAGUGAGAUCCUGUCCUUUUAUCGGUGUACACUGCAUUAGCUUUUAAGAUGUUUAAAUUGGCGGGGUUGUUUCGAUUGAAUCACGGCCGGUACAAGUUCGGUUGCUCAGUUUGUCUGAGCUGUUUUAAACCCCGCCUUUCCUCCCGCCUGUUACAGACAGAUCAGGCAAUGAUCC